AUGCACUCCUCGCUCGUGCGGAUACAGAAUGUAUUCGGCUUCUUCACAACUGUGGCCUUCAGCUUGGGCAUGCUGAUCGCAUUGAGCGUUGUCGUGUCGCACCAAAACCCGACGGCAGAGCUCGAGCUGCGCAACGUUCAGGUAGUCAAGGGUCGCCCUCACUACUACAGUACCAAGAAGGAGGAAUACGCACACAUCAAAUUUGACCUAGAGACUGAUCUCACCUCUCUCUUCUCCUGGAACACCAAGCAAGUCUUUGUCUAUGUGGCUGCUACCUUCCCUUCGAAGUCUCCCCUCUCUCCUCCUUCGGAAGCAAUCAUCUGGGACGCCAUCAUCCCAGCCCCCUCGGAACCCUGGCACGAAAACACAUACAUCCACCCUCAAAAGUCUCGCAAGCAGCCCAGCCGCCGCCAGAAUACUGCAGAAGCGGGCUACAAGGCAUAUCCUGAAGGCGCCGCUCCUGGCAUUCUGAAACUCUCCAAUCAAAAGCCAAAGUACCAAAUCACUACUCCCUGGUCCAAGAUUGGUGGAGCCGAAAACUGUACACUGCAGUUGAAGUACAAUGUGCAGCCCUGGGUUGGUGCACUUUACUGGAGCACUCCCAGACCAUUCGGCAUGUGGGAGGGUCUCCAAGGCGCCAUGAGUGAUAUCUUCCAGAUGCCAUUUGUCAAGAACUCUGCCCAGGCUUCCAAGAGCAAAGAGGAGCUCAGGACCGAGACUGGUGGUGAGAGAAACAGAGGUAGCCCCGCUUGA